AUGCCAGCAAGCAUUGCUCCAUUUGGAGUCCCACGCACAGGCACACUCCCAUUCAGCCUCGCAGCCCUAACCCUCGUUUUUUUCUCCACCGCAGCCUCCAUCCUCAGCUCUCACCAUCUCCUUCAACCCUACUCCUCACCUCCAUUUCUCAUUCCCAGCCACUCACCUACGAGAAUAACCCUCUCUUUUUCCCUGCAUUUUGCCUCACCUCACUUCCAAGCUCAACCUGCGCACCCCACCACCGUCCUCCAUGCCCUCACCCAUUUCUUCUCCAUCUUGAGCCAAACCCCUCUCCCUGAUUCAAGUAGCUACAUCCAGCAUCCCUUAACUUCACAUUUGGCCAAGCAGCUUCCGUGA